UAAAAAAAACCGGUUGCAUUGAGCUACACUACAAAGUACAAGAGUGUAUAGCUGAUACUCAAGAUUGGCGAAAAUGUCAAGAACCAGUACAGCAGUUUAAAAACUGCAUGGAAAAAUACCAAAAGAGCCGAUCAAAACCUGAUCCAAUUAAGUAAUAAUGAUUAAAAACUUACUGUCAGUUCUGAUUCCUAAAGAACCUUCCGCAAGAUGUUGUAAAAUGGCUCUAGUUGUUCGUACAGAUAUAUCCAUGGGCAAAGGAAAAACAGCUGCCCAAUGUGCUCAUGCUGCAGUAGAGUGUUAUCGUUACGCUUUGAAGAAUCAAAAGUACAAGAAGGUUCUCAGUUCCUGGGAAAUGUCUGGGCAGCCUAAAAUUGUCCUCAAAAUAUCGACGAAGGAGCAACUCGAAGAACUGCAAAGAAAAGCAAAGUUAGCUGGAGUCAUAACUGCAACUAUAAGAGACGCAGGAAAAACGCAGUUAGCUCCUGGUACCAUUUCAGUCCUAGGAAUCGGGCCUGCGUCUGAAACCGAUAUAGGAAGCUUGACUUCAGAUUUAAAACUACUUUAAAUUGGUGAGAGAAAUAUUGAUUCACAAUAUCUGUUGUGGAUUUAUGUUAAUUUAUUUUAUUAUUAAAACAGUUUGUGACGCAUUUUUUUGGCAGUCGCCUAGUCUGAACGAUGAUAAAAACGUUCGAUAUAGCACACACUCAUAUUUAGAACGUAAUUAAAGUACGUAAUUAUAAUGUAAAAGAUAUCCAUAGACUACAUGUAUAAUUAAACAAAUAUUGUGCAGUAAA